GUGCUUCUGCAAAAUAAAGACAAAAGAACCAAACAAAAACCAACACUUGCUACCACCACUUCACUCUCUCUCUCUCUCUCUCUCUCUCUCUCCCCCCUUCCUCGACUUUCUUCCAUCGGAGUUUUCAAUUUGAUCUCAUUCGCCCUUCAUCGUCUCUCAAUAAUCAAUUCAGCUGCUCUCCGGAGCAUCUCAGGCGGUGUUUCCAACGUAUUUGCAGCGUCUCUCUCUCUCUUUGUCACCUCCAUCUCUAAUUGUGACACCACCGGUGCGGAUUAGGGCACUCUUCGAUCUGAUUUUUUUUUUGAAUAGCUAAUCAGAUUCAUUUAAUAUUCCCCCCUCCUCCCACGGAUGAUUCCAAUGGAUAACCACUCUGUUCCGCCGAGCACCAUCACCACCACCGGUCUUGUUUUUCCGGCUAAUUACGGCAUCAAACCUGAAGCUGCUUUGGUCAUGGAUUGGUCCCUUGAGGAGCAGUAUGUUUUGGAGAACGGCCUUGCAAAAUUAAAAGAUGAAUCGAAAGUUUCGACGUAUGUGAAGAUCGCUGCAGCUCUGCCUGAUAAAACUGUAAGGGAUGUAGCAUUGAGGUGUAGAUGGAUGGCGCGAAAACGAAGAAAAAGAGCAGAAACUAGUGCUGGGAACCACAUCAGCAGUAGAAAGGUGGUGGAUACAUCCCCAGAACUGAACAUGGUAGCCAAUGUGCCACAACAAAAUGCUUUAUAUGUCACGAACAAUAUGUGCCACACUACACAUAUGCCUUUUGAAGGUCUAAGUGACGCAGUAAUGGAUCUCCUACAGCAAAACGCUCAAGCUUUUAGUCAAAUUUCCUACAACCUCUCUGCGUACAAGUUGCAGGAUAACAUCAGCCUCCUUUAUCAGGCAAGAAAUAACAUCAACGCCAUUCUGACUGACAUGAAGGAGAUGCCGGGUAUCAUGAGUCGGAUGCUGCCUCUACCUGUUGCAAUUAACGAUGAUCUUGCCAGCCGUUUAUUUUCGAGUACAUCACAGCCAAGAUCAUACACCAUUCAACCAAGUAUUCACCUAAAGCAGGAGCCGAGAAUCUGAUGGGGGAAAGCUGGAUUUUGACGGAUGCUGAAGAAAAUAGCACAAGUACAUGGUACGUGGAAGUGUUUUCGUGAUCAAUAUGACACAGACACACAAGGGUUUAUCAACUGCAGACACCACUCCAGGACACACACGAGACUUGACAACCGGCACUCGCAGAAUACAUGUGCGUUCCGGUAAUUUGUCUGAGAAGAACGAACUACAGACCGCAUAAGGCCAAGGUAAAAACUCUUUGGCCUUCACUAGAACAUAUGGUUCCUUGAAAUUCAUAAAAAUGUUCUGGCAUGUGUUGAUGGAACUCCAAAGCCCUUUGCUGUAAUCAUGUUGAUGCUUAAAUUAGUAUAAAGAACAGUUCUCUUA